AGGCUUUAAUGUAACAAUGAUGGCAUACGGACAGACAGGAGCAGGAAAAACAUAUACAAUGAUUGGAUCACUUGACAAGGAAGAAUUAUUUGGAUUAAUUCCAAGAACUGCAAAGGAAAUGUUUGAAAUUAUUAGAAGUGGAGAUGAGAAUAUUGAAUAUAAGAUUGGUUGUUCCUUCCUCGAAAUUUAUAAUGAAAAAAUCAAUGAUUUAUUUGAUAAGGAAAAGAGAGAUUUAACUAUAAUUGAUUCCCCAAAGAGAGGAGUUUACGUUGAUAGAUUAACAGAAGAAUAUGUCACAACCGAAGAUGAAAUGCUUGAUAUAAUCAAAAUAGGAAACAAUAAUAGGCUCUCACUGUCAACAAGAACAAAUCAAGAUCCUGCUCAAUCCCAUUCUAUCUUCAUCAUUAGAGUUGAAAGUCUUAGCAAGGAUAGUUCUUCGAAUCAAUCUACGAUUCUCUACAUGGAUUUCAAAUAA